CCAAAGUGCUUAUUACAAAACGGUCCACACACUCUCUUUCCACUACAAAGUACUAGCAGUCUUGAAAAAAACACAAACCCAUCACCUUUCUCUCUCUCAGAAGUGGGCAUGGCUUCACUGAGAUUCCUUCAUGUCUUCUUCUUCUUCUUCCAUCUCAUUCCCAACUCCCACUCUCUCUCCACCUCCUCCGAUGUGAAGCUUCUCGUGGGAAAAAUCAAACCUUCCCUCCAAGGCACCAGCGAGAGCCUCCUCUUGUCUUCUUGGAACUCAUCUGUUCCCGUCUGCCAAUGGAGAGGGGUAAAAUGGGUAUUCUCAGACGGCUCCCCUCUCCAAUGCACCGCCCUCUCUUCACCACCAACCCAAUGGACAAACCUCUCUCUCUACAACGACUCCUCCCUCCACCUCCUCUCUCUCCAGCUCCCUUCCGCUAACCUCACCGGCUCCCUCCCCGGAGAGCUCGGCGAGUUCUCCAUGCUCCGAAGCCUCUUCCUCAACAUCAACGCCUUGAGCGGGCCCCUCCCUCUCGAGCUCGGCUACGCUUCCUCUCUCUCCGAUAUCGACCUGAGCGGUAACGCCCUAACCGGCGCCUUUCCUCCGUCGAUUUGGAACCUCUGCGAGAACCUCGUCUCAUUAAAGCUUCACGGUAACUCCUUCUCCGGGGCCUUGCCUGAGCCCGCCUUGCCGAACUCGACUUGUGGUAGUCUCCAAGUUCUUGAUUUGGGUGGUAAUAAGCUCUCAGGCGAGUUCCCUGAGUAUGUAACAAAGUUUAAAGCUCUGAAGAUGCUUGAUCUUUCGAGUAACGUCUUUGAAGGCUCUGUUCCCGAUGGUUUGGGGUUGUUACAGCUAGAAACUCUCGAUCUUUCUCACAAUAACUUUAGUGGGAUGCUGCCGAGUUUUUUCGGUGAAUCUAAGUUUGGAGCUGAGUCUUUCCAAGGGAACAGUCCCAGCCUCUGUGGUUUGCCUUUGAAGCCGUGUCUAGGCACCUCUCGGUUGAGUCCUGGCGCUGUUGCUGGACUGGUGAUAGGUUUAAUGUCUGGAGCGGUUGUUGUGGCCUCGUUGCUGAUAGGGUACUUGCAGAACAAGAAGAGGAAGAGUAGUAUAGAGAGUGAAGAUGAUUUGGAAGAAGGCGACGAAGAAGAUGAGGUUGAUGGUGGUGGCGGUCAGGGUGAAGGGAAGUUAGUUGUGUUCCAAGGCGGUGAGAAUCUGACGUUGGAGGAGGUUUUGAACGCGACGGGGCAAGUCAUGGAGAAGACUAACUACGGUACGGUUUACAAGGCGAAGCUUAGUGAUGGUGGGAAUAUUGCGUUGAGGCUGUUGAGAGAAGGUACUUGCAAGGACAGAAGCUCUUGUCUGCCUGUUAUAAAGCAGUUAGGGCGGAUUCGGCACGAGAAUCUGGUUCCUUUGAGAGCUUUCUAUCAGGGGAAGAGAGGAGAGAAGCUUCUCAUCUAUGACUACAUUCCCAACAUAAGCUUACAUGACUUGUUGCACGAAAGUAAACCGGGGAAGCCGGCUUUGAACUGGGCCAGGAGACACAAGAUUGCGUUGGGAAUAGCGAGAGGACUUGCUUAUCUUCACACCGGACAAGAAGCUCCCAUCAUCCACGGCAAUAUAAGAUCGAAAAACGUGCUGGUGGACGACUUCUUCUUCGCUAGGCUGACUGAGUUUGGGCUUGAUAAGAUCAUGGUGCAAGCGGUGGCGGAUGAGAUAGUCUCGCAGGCGAAAUCAGACGGAUACAAGGCGCCUGAGCUUCACAAGAUGAAGAAAUGCAACCCGAGAAGCGAUGUUUACGCCUUUGGGAUCCUUCUCCUGGAGAUACUGAUGGGCAAGAAGCCUGGGAAGAGUGGGAGGAACGGUGGUGAGUAUGUUGAUCUACCUUCUUUGGUUAAAGCCGCGGUGUUGGAGGAGACGACGAUGGAGGUUUUCGACUUGGAGGCGAUGAAAGGGAUCAGGAGUCCGAUGGAGGAAGGUUUGGUUCAUGCGUUGAAGCUGGCGAUGGGAUGCUGUGCUCCUGUUACGACGGUUAGACCGAGUAUGGAAGAGGUUGUGAAGCAGUUGGAAGAGAACAGGCCGAGGAAUAGAUCAGCGUUGUAUAGCCCUACGGAAACGAGGAGCGACGCUGAGACACCAUGCUGAGUUUGGUUUUGUGUUAUACAAAGCAUUUUGUAAUUCUCCCACUUUUGUUGUUGGUUAUAUGCAUUUGUUUCAUAGGAAAGGAACCCAUUCUGAUUUUGUUUUGAUUUUUAGUUUUAUCUUUUGUCAAUGACAGUGGUUUUAACAAAAGCAGAAGAAGCUAAUAUGAUGAAUCUAUUUUAGUUAUUUUGUUCGGUCUUGGGUUUUGAGGGUUAUGCAAUUAACUAAAACUGCAAGACUAUCUCCAAUUUUUAACAAAAGCAGAAGAAGCUUAUAUGAUGAAUAUAUACUCCCUCUAUUUUUUUAAUAUAAAUCGUUUUAGAAUAUGCACACACAUUAAAAAAUCAUUACUUUUUUUAUUCUCUAAACAAAAACAUCAUUAAUUAUUUACUUAAUCACAAAUCAGCCAAUAAUAAAAAUAAUAAAAUAGAAUGUAUAUUAUCAUUGGUCAUAUAAUAUUAAGUGCCAUUAAAAAUGUUCUACUCAAGCAUUUAAGGGCACCAAAAGAUAAGCAUACUUACAACAGAAGAAUGCAUAAACCUAUGCUUCCACUAACAACGAAAUAGUAGAAAGAUUCGAGAUUCUCUGAGCUUACAUUGUCAAUGCAUUUACAUAGACAAAGAAUGCUAGAAUUAUUACCAGUUGCUGAGAGAGCGAAAAAGCUUCUCGAGACUGUCAUUGUUGGAUAUAUUGAAGCUCUCUCUCCUUUGUUUGCAGGAGAAAUGAGGAGAGAGCUAUAUAUAUAUAUAUAUAAGAUUUUUUUAAUCAACAUAUAUAAAAGAUUAAUAAUCUGCUUUUUAUACAACAUCAUUCGUCUUCUUUCUCAUUAUCAGAGGUCCCUAGUUCGAAUGACCACUGGGACAAAACUAAUAUUACAUGUUGAUUCUGCCCGAACCUCCUGGUAAUUCAAAAAAAAAAAGUAUUCAUGUGUUGUUUGAAUGAUUGUGCAGAAAGUAAACCGGGGAAGCCGGCUUUGAACUGGGCCAGGAGACACAAGAUUGCGUUGGGAAUAGCGAGAGGACUUGCUUAUCUACACACCGGACAAGAAGCUCCCAUCAUCCACGGCAAUAUAAGAUCGAAAAACGUGCUGGUGGACGACUUCUUCUUCGCUAGGCUAACUGAGUUUGGGCUUGAUAAGAUCAUGGUGCAAGCGGUGGCGGAUGAGAUCGUCUCGCAGGCGAAAUCAGACGGAUACAAGGCGCCUGAGCUUCACAAGAUGAAGAAAUGCAAUCCGAGGAGCGAUGUUUACGCGUUUGGGAUCCUUCUUUUGGAGAUACUGAUGGGUAAGAAGCCUGGGAAGAGUGGGAGGAACGGUGGAGAGUAUGUUGAUCUGCCUUCUUUGGUUAAAGCCGCGGUGUUGGAGGAGACGACGAUGGAGGUUUUCGACUUGGAGGCGAUGAAAGGGAUCAGGAGUCCGAUGGAGGAAGGUUUGGUUCAUGCGUUGAAGCUGGCGAUGGGAUGCUGUGCUCCUGUUACGACGGUUAGACCGAGUAUGGAAGAGGUUGUGAAGCAGUUGGAAGAGAACAGGCCGAGGAAUAGAUCAGCGUUGUAUAGCCCUACGGAAACGAGGAGCGACGCUGAGACACCAUGCUGAGUUUGGUUUUGUGUUAUACAAAGCAUUUUGUAAUUCUCCCACUUUUGUUGUUGGUUAUAUGCAUUUGUUUCAUAGGAAAGGAACCCAUUCUGAUUUUGUUUUGAUUUUUAGUUUUAUCUUUUGUCAAUGACAGUGGUUUUAACAAAAGCAGAAGAAGCUAAUAUGAUGAAUCUAUUUUAGUUA